AUGCCACCGAUCUCGGAUCAGCGAGGACACAUGGUUGCUGACAGCUCCAAGAGGGCGUUCUCCCCAGUUGUGGACAAAGAUGGCUUCCAACAAGUCAUGCCACGCCGACGAGUCAAGGCUUCCGUCGGUUCGGCAAAAGCCACGCAGUGCUUUGAAUCCCAAGCCAAAGCAAGGGGGAGAUUCUGCCGCCCCUUUAGGUUCCUAAACCUAAAUGCUCGAACUGUUGCCAACAAAGCGGUAGAGCUUGAAGGUGUUUUAUUGGCAUUUAACCCUGAUGUGGAAAUUAUAACAGAAACUUGGCUGCACGAUCAAAUACCUGAUAAUGACGUUUUUCCUCAUGGUUUCAAAGUAUUCCGACGGGAUCGUGGCUCAAGAGGGGGAGGGGUCGCUCUUUUGAUCAAGGACACCAUUCCAUGCAUGUCUAUUGAGCACGGCCAGGACUGUGAAAUGGUCUGGGCCUCUAUACGUUUUGGUUGCCAAUCAAUGCUUGUAGGAGCAGUAUAUAGAUGUCUUCAGGCCAGUAUUGAUGUAAUACAGAGUUUAUCUGAGUUUCUUCUAACUAAAACCAAGCAAUUUUCACGUAUAGUUAUGGCCGGUGAUUUUAAUUUGCCAGAUAUAGAUUGGAAUUGCGUGAUGCCCAAUGGGAUAUGCAAUCAGUCUAGGCUUCUUGUUGAUAUUGCUUUUAGUAAUAAUUUAAGUCAAGUGGUCAAGUGUCCCACACGUGUGUCAAAUGAUAGGGAAUCCUUGCUUGAUCUCGUGUUUUUAUCUGAGGUCGUUACAAGAAGUAUUCUUGACGUAUCAAUCGCGGAUGGCAUAUCUGACCAUGCAAUAGUUGUAUGUGACCUAUCUGCACCGCAGCAUGCACACAAUGAAACCGAAGUAAAAUCUUAUCGUGAUUUCAACAGGGCGAAUGAUAUCGAUAUUAUAGACUUCUUGGAAGUGGCUCUAGACAGAUUUCUUGCGUUUUACGAUGCGAACCCGGACUAA